AGAAUGAUGAGGUCUUCCGUUUUCCAUAUGUUUAUCCUGAGCAUGGUGGCAGUGGAUGUCAUUGUUGCAGCUAGCAAUUAUUACAAGGGAGAAACUUUUAAGAGGCAGUAUGAUGAAUUCUACCUUGCAGAGGUUGCAUUCACAGUCCUGUUUGAUCUGGAAGCUCUCCUAAAGAUCUGGUGUCUGGGCUUCACAGGAUACAUCAGUUCUUCUCUUCACAAAUUUGAACUGCUGCUGGUUGUUGGAACUACGCUACAUAUUUAUCCAGACCUCUACCAUUCGCAGUUUACAUAUUUUCAGGUUCUUCGGGUGGUCCGACUUAUAAAGAUUUCGCCUGCCCUGGAAGACUUUGUGUAUAAGAUUUUUGGACCUGGAAAAAAGCUUGGGAGUUUAGUUGUUUUCACUGCCAGCUUAUUAAUUGUAAUGUCAGCAAUCAGUCUGCAGAUGUUCUGUUUUGUGGAAGAGCUAGACAGAUUUACGACGUUUCCAAGGGCAUUUAUGUCAAUGUUCCAGAUACUUACUCAGGAAGGAUGGGUAGAUGUCAUGGAUCAAACCCUUAAUGCUGUAGGGCAUAUGUGGGCACCUGUUGUUGCUAUUUACUUCAUACUUUAUCACCUUUUUGCUACUCUGAUUCUGCUGAGUUUGUUCGUUGCUGUUAUUUUGGACAACCUGGAACUCGAUGAAGACCUAAAGAAACUUAAGCAACUGAAACAAAGUGAAGCAAAUGCAGAUACAAAAGAGAAGCUUCCAUUACGUCUACGGAUCUUUGAAAAAUUCCCUAACAGACCUCAAAUGGUAAAAAUCUCCAAGCUUCCUUCGGAUUUCACAGUCCCCAAAAUAAGGGAAAGCUUUAUGAAGCAGUUUAUCGAUCGACAGCAACAGGACACAACUUGCUUAUUAAGAAGGCUUCCAUCAGCAUCUUCUUCCUCCUGUGACCACUCUAAAAGGCUGGCUAUUGAAGAAAACAAAUAUAUUGACCAGAAGCUCCGGAAGUCUGUUUUCAGCAUUAGAGCAAGAAAUCUUUUGGAUAAGGAGACUGCAAUCAAUAAAAUUCUUAGGGCCUGCACUCGUCAGCGUAUGUUGAGUGGAUCCUUUGAGGGGCAACCUGCAAAAGAAAGAUCCAUUCUUAGUGUCCAGCAUCAUAUACGUCAAGAACGCAGGUCACUGAGACACGGCUCCAACAGUCAACGGAUCAGCAGGGGGAAAUCUCUUGAAACAUUAACACAAGAUCAUUCUAACACAGUACGGUACCGAAAUGCUCAAAGGGAGGACAGCGAAAUAAAAAUGAUCCAAGAAAAGAAAGAACAAGCUGAAAUGAAAAGGAAAGUCCAGGAAGAGGAGUUGCGAGAGAAUCAUCCAUACUUCGACAAGCCUCUUUUCAUCGUUGGCCGUGAACAUCGAUUCAGAAAUUUCUGCCGAGUGGUUGUAAGAGCUCGCUUUAAUGCUUCUAAAACAGAUCCUGUUACAGGAGCAGUGAAAAAUACCAAAUAUCACCAACUUUAUGAUUUGGUAGGAUUGGUAACUUACCUUGACUGGGUAAUGAUCAUUGUUACUAUAUGCUCCUGCAUUUCAAUGAUGUUUGAAUCCCCCUUUCGCCGAGUUAUGCAUGCGCCAACACUUCAGAUUGCUGAAUAUGUUUUUGUAAUCUUCAUGAGCAUUGAACUUAAUCUGAAGAUCAUGGCCGAUGGCUUGUUUUUCACUCCAACGGCGGUCAUAAGAGACUUUGGAGGUGUCAUGGAUAUAUUUAUAUAUCUUGUAAGCUUGAUAUUUCUCUGCUGGAUGCCUCAGAAUGUUCCUGCUAAAUCGGGAACUCAGCUCUUAAUGGUGCUGCGCUGUCUGCGGCCCCUCCGAAUCUUCAAACUGGUGCCUCAAAUGAGAAAGGUUGUCCGGGAGCUCUUCAGUGGCUUCAAAGAAAUCUUUCUAGUCUCUAUUCUUUUGCUGACAUUAAUGCUUGUUUUUGCAAGCUUUGGAGUUCAGCUUUUUGCUGGGAAGUUGGCAAAGUGCAAUGAUCCGCACAUUAUUGCAAGGGAAGACUGUUAUGGGAUAUUUCGAAUAAAUGUAAGUGUUUCCAAAAAUCUAAACUUAAAACUGAGACCUGGUGAAAAGAAGCCUGGAUUUUGGGUGCCCCGAGUCUGGGCUAACCCACGGAAUUUUAAUUUUGACAAUGUUGGAAAUGCAAUGCUAGCAUUGUUUGAAGUCCUUUCAUUAAAAGGAUGGGUGGAAGUCAGAGAUGUCAUCAUUCAUCGUGUGGGGCCAAUCCAUGGCAUCUAUAUUCACGUAUUUGUAUUCCUGGGCUGCAUGAUUGGAUUAACCCUCUUUGUUGGAGUUGUCAUAGCUAAUUUCAAUGAAAACAAGGGAACAGCUUUGCUGACUGUGGAUCAGAGGCGAUGGGAGGAUCUAAAGAGCAGACUGAAGAUAGCGCAACCUCUUCAUCUCCCACCUCGCCCAGAUAAUGAUGGAUUUCGAGCCAAGAUGUAUGAUAUUACACAGCAUCCGUUUUUUAAGAGGACAAUUGCAGUCCUUGUGCUGGCCCAAUCUGUGCUCUUAUCUGUGAAGUGGAAUGCUGAAGACCCAGUGACUACUCCUUUAGCAGCAAUGUCUGUUGUCUUCACCUUCAUUUUUGUUCUUGAGGUCACAAUGAAGAUUAUUGCCAUGUCACCUGCUGGAUUUUGGCAAAGCAGAAGGAAUCGCUAUGACCUCUUGGUGACGUCCUUGGGUGUCAUAUGGGUGAUACUCCACUUUGCCUUAGCUAAUCCCUACACAUAUAUGAUGGGAGCGUGUGUCAUUGUCUUCAGGUUCUUCUCCAUUUGUGGCAAGCAUGUGACACUGAAAAUGCUGCUGCUGACUGUAGUUGUCAGCAUGUACAAAAGUUUUUUCAUCAUAGUAGGGAUGUUCCUGCUACUGCUUUGCUAUGCUUUCGCUGGGGUGGUUUUAUUUGGCACUGUGAAGUAUGGCGAAAACAUUAACAGGCAUGCCAACUUUUCAUCAGCUGGUAAGGCCAUUACUGUACUCUUCCGAAUAGUCACUGGGGAAGACUGGAACAAGAUAAUGCAUGACUGCAUGGUUCAACCUCCUUUUUGUACACCAGAUAACAAUACAUACUGGAAGACGGAUUGUGGAAACUAUGCUGGCGCUCUUAUGUAUUUCUGUUCUUUUUACAUCAUCAUUGCAUACAUAAUGCUGAAUUUGCUUGUGGCGAUAAUCGUGGAAAACUUCUCACUAUUUUACUCCACGGAGGAGGAUCAGCUCUUAAGUUAUAAUGAUCUUCGACAUUUUCAAAUUAUAUGGAACAUGGUCGAUGACAAAAGGGAGGGAGUGAUUCCUACUUUCCGGGUAAAGUUUUUGCUAAGGUUGCUGCGAGGGAGGCUGGAAGUUGAUCUGGACAAGGACAAGCUUUUGUUCAAGCACAUGUGCUAUGAAAUGGAGAGGCUCCAUAACGGCGGAGAUGUAACAUUCCACGAUGUACUAAGCAUGCUCUCAUAUAGGUCUGUUGACAUCAGGAAAAGUCUUCAGCUGGAGGAACUGCUUGCUAGGGAACAACUGGAGUAUACAAUAGAAGAAGAGGUUGCCAAACAGACCAUACGCAUGUGGUUGAAGAAGUGCUUAAAACGUAUUAGAGCUAAACAGCAACAGUCAUGCAGUAUUAUCCAUAGUCUCCGAGAGAGUCAACAGCAAGAGCUUAGCCGGUUCUUAAAUCCACCAAGCAUUGAGACAACACAACCAAGUGAAGAUCUGAAUGCUAACAAUCAAGACAAUGCACAACCUGAGACAAGUAGUCAACAGCAGCUCCUUAGCCCAACACUUUCAGACAGAGGUGGGUAUCGGCAAGACUCUACUGAAGCUGGUAAACCUCAGCGGAAGUUUGGACAAUGGCGUUUGCCUUCAGCCCCAAAGCCAAUAAGCCAUUCGGUGUCUUCAGUCAAUUUACGGUUUGGUGGCCGUACAACUAUGAAGUCUGUGGUGUGCAAGAUGAAUCCCAUGUCAGACGUGGCUUCUUGUGGAUCAGAAGUCAAGAAAUGGUGGACAAGGCAGCUGACUGUGGAGAGUGACGAGAGCGGAGAAGACCUGCUUGAUAUCUGA